AGAGUUCUCUCUCCCUCAAGCGGUGGCAGAAUUCUCAUCACAAAUUCGUAGCCGUAAGAAACGAGCCGACCGCAGAAGCACCAACAUAGCCCAUAAAGAUGGAUGCGUUUAAGUCGCUGACGGUUGGAGCCAAGUUCGGUGCUGCCCGCAACAGCGAGGCCGCCAAACUGUUCCGCAGCGCUAGCAAAGACAAGUCCAACAAGACCUUGACGGAGAUGGUGGGCGCGGAGAGCAGUGAUGCCAUCGCGGACUCGACUGGGCUGGACAGCAGUCUCUCUGUUCCCCUUCCGAGCUCCACGCUGAACAUUUUCAACCGCCACGGUGGUGCUGCAUCUUCUUCGGAGGGCGAACGCACCAACGCGACUGACGGCGUCGCCGGUGAUGCCGCCUCUGCUGCAGGGGAAGACAAGCCCCUCAAACCAAUGGACUUCAAGAGAAAGCGCAAUAUCUGGCGCCGCCAUGAUCUUCAGGUAACAGGAACGGAUUUACCGGCACCUAUUGAGCACUUCUCCGAUCUAGUGCGCCCCCCACUUAGCGUGCCGCGGAACGUGGUGAACAACCUCUUCACGCGCCAACACAAGGUCCCAACUCCCAUCCAAAUGCAGGCGAUUCCUUCCUUGAUUCACCACCGUGACGUGCUGGCCUGUGCGCCGACGGGUUCUGGUAAGACGAUCGCGUUCCUCGUGCCGCUCUUUGCACGCCUCAAGGCCCCUGAUGCGACGUGCGGCGUACGCGCGUUGAUUGUCACGCCGACGGUUGAGCUGGCGCAGCAGAUUGAGCGGGAGGCCUUCUUUCUGAUGAAAGGACAGCGCUGGCGCUUUGUGCAACACGGCCAGACGACCAAAAACAAAGACAUCUUCAUCGCCACCCCAGGCCGCAUCGCCUCCUUGAUGGAGCAGAAGCUGCUGAACCUGAGCCAGGUGGAGUACUUGGUGUUUGAUGAGGGAGACCGGCUGUGGGACACCAAGACUGACUUCUUGACCGUGAUCGACAAAAUCCUCGCAGCCUGUGCCAAAUCCGACAAAGUUGUGAGCUUGUUUACGGCGACGCUGAGCGAUAAGGUCGAGACGGCCGCCCGCUCCGUCAUGUCCUCAGACCCGGUUCGCAUCAUCGUCCACGGGCGGCACACGGCCAACACGAAAGUGAAACAGCGCCUUGUCUUCUGCGGAAACGAACUCGGCAAGGUGGUGGCGAUGCGCAACCUUGUCCGCGAGGGCAUCACACCGCCGGUGCUGGUCUUUGUGCAGAGCAUUGAGCGCUCCAAGGAGUUGUUUGAAGAGAUCCGCACGGAAGGGCUGCACAUGGCCAUCAUGCACGCCAAGAUGUCCGUGGAGGAGCGCGAGGAGACGGUGCUGCAGUUUCGUCUGGGCAAGGUGUGGGUGCUCGUCACGACCGAGCUGUUGGCCCGCGGUAUCGACUUCAAGAAUGUUGGCACUGUCAUCAACUUUGACUUCCCGGCCACGGUGGACUCCUACAUCCACCGCGUUGGCCGCACCGGUCGCGCCGGCAAGGAAGGCGUCGCCAUCACCUUCUUCACCGAGGAGGACAAGGAGCGACUGCCCCCCGUAGCGAAGGUGAUGCAGGGCUCGGGCAGCCCGGUAGAGGAGUGGAUGCUGAACAUCAAGGUGGACCGCAACACGCGCCGCCGCCUGGAGCGCACGACGCCGCAGCGCACGAUCGUCAGCACGCGAAAGCGCAUGUUGGUGGCACAGCAGCGGGUGCAGCGUCAGUAUCGACGUCUCGAGACGGAGGAGGCAGAGAAGAAGGAGGCCAAGAAGGCGGAGCGGCAGAAAAAGCAUCGCAAGGGUGUCAGCAGCGACAGCGACGGAGAGAAUGGUGAUGACGAGUGA